AUGACAAGAAUCCCUCACGGACGGCGGCGGCGGGAGGAAGAUGAUCCCGAGACAAUGAGUCUCCUGGGCCCUUCAUCUGCCCCACGAGCAAAGCCGAAGAAAAGAAACACUUGCCCUGCUGCGCGCGUUCUCGAAAGGACCAGCGGGGAGAACAUCCAUGUCAAUCCCUCAGAACGACUGACUCGUCUCACUCUACGCCUCCGAUGCGGCAAACGCAAGAAGCCAGAAUAUAUGCAAAAUAGCCCGUGGACCGCUUCGGGUCUAUACAAAGAGCAUCAAGAGGCGCACGGGGAGGAGUCUGCUGUCAAAGAGCGGAUCCGCCAGGAAUGGCUCAAGCGGUUGCGUCCCAGACCCAAUCGCCUGGACUAA